UGCUCAAACGUCUAGAAGGUGUGCACGUGUUCUUUACUUUGCUUUCAAAAUGUCUAUGCCUGAUCCUCAACUAAAACGCAAACUUAAACAGCGAGAAAAGAGUCGACUUAGGAUCCUUACAAAGAAAAAUCAAGAUGCAUCGAACGAUGAAGAACCCGAAGUUGCAGAAAGAGAACAGGAUGCUGUUGAAUCUGAAUUGCCCGCAAAGAAGCCUAAAAUAAAUUCCAAGGAAGCUCCAAAACAAAGACAACCAACGGCUAGUUCUGACAGUGAAAAAAUUGUUGAAGAUAAUCAGGAUGAUGAUCCAGAAGAUGAAGAUUUACAACAAUUACCUGGAUCAUCACUGAACGUAGGCAUCCUGAGUGAUCAGUUAUUUUCUUCACUUGAAGGCAGUGUUUCAGAUUUAACUCUGAAAGCUAUAGAGGAAAUGGGUUUCAAAAAAAUGACAGAAAUUCAGGCAAAAGCAAUACCACACUUGUUGGAGGGACGGGACUUGCUUGGACAAGCCAAAACAGGUUCUGGUAAAACACUAGCAUUUCUAAUACCUGCAAUUGAGCUGAUCUACAAGUUAAAAUUUAUGCCUCGAAAUGGAACUGGAGUAAUUAUUAUUUCUCCCACAAGAGAGUUAUCCAUGCAAACGUUUGGUGUGCUACGUGAAUUGUUGAAGCAUCAUUCCCAUACAUACGGUUUGGUGAUGGGAGGUGCUAAUCGCCAGGCUGAAGCAGCUAAGCUCGUUAAAGGUGUCAACAUUUUAGUCGCAACUCCUGGUAGAUUGCUUGAUCACUUGAAUAGCACAACAGAUUUUCUCUUUAAAAAUCUCCAAUGCUUAAUCAUCGAUGAAGCUGACCGUGUACUAGAUAUUGGAUUUGAAGAAGAACUCAAACAGCUCAUUCGUAUUUUACCAAAGAAACGACAGACCAUGUUGUUUUCCGCUACUUCGACGCAACGAAUCGAGGAUCUUGCACGUUUGGCGCUCAAGAAGGAACCAAUUGUUGUUGGGGUAGAAGAUGUUGUUGAUAAAGCCACAGUUGAGGGUCUAGAACAAGGUUAUGUCGUAUGCCCUGCCGAGAAACGUUUCCUUAUGCUCUUCUCUUUCUUAAAACGUAAUCGAAAAAAGAAAAUCAUGGUCUUCUUCAGUUCUUGCCUUUCGGUGAAAUUCCAUCACGAGUUGUUAAACUAUAUUGAUCUGCCUGUUAUGUGCAUCCACGGUAAGCAAAAGCAAACCAAGCGAACGACAACAUUUUUCCAAUUUUGUAAUGCCGAAACUGGAAUUCUUCUCUGCACGGACGUUGCUGCAAGAGGUCUUGACAUCCCCGCAGUCGAUUGGAUCGUCCAGUACGAUCCCCCAGAUGAUCCGAAGGAGUACAUUCAUCGAGUCGGGCGAACUGCCCGCGGCCAAGGCGGUAAGGGUCACGCUCUACUUCUCCUAAGGCCAGAAGAAUUAGGCUUUCUGCGGUACUUGAAGCAAGCCAAAGUUCCACUAAAUGAAUUUGAGUUUUCGUGGAGCAAAAUAGCCGAUAUCCAGCCCCAGUUGGAAAAGUUAGUCGCCAAGAACUACUUUCUCCAUAUGUCAGCGAAAGAAGCUUACAAAGCUUACAUUCGUGCCUACGAUUCUCAUCAUUUGAAAACAAUUUUUGACGUUCACACACUUGACCUGGCUAAGGUGGCCCAAAGUUUUGGUUUUAAAGUCCCGCCUACCGUAGACCUCAAUAUGCGCAGCACGAAAGCCGAUCGUCCCCGCAAACGCCAAGGAAACUUUGGAGACACCGGGGGAGUUAAACAUCGUACGAAGGCAAGCAUAUAUCGUCAAGUUGGGAAAGCAAAUGACAAACGACAAUUUUCCCGAUAAUCUUUCAGAUUGUUUUACGUUGUCCACAGACAAUAAAUUUGCGUAUCCAAUA